AUGCUGCUCUCUAAUAUCGGUUCAGCGACUUUGCAGCAAUGGCAGUAUGGCGAUGUCUCGGAACCGGGGCCACGGACGAAGGAAGAGUUUGAGCGAGAGCAAGCUACCCUGAUCUCUGCGCAGCAGCCCGAAGUGGCACAGGGCAUGAUCGAGCAAAAUCAGGCUCAGACAAACGGCUCGACGUCGCCAGUCGUGGGACCAUCUUUCGUCCGUACGACCAUCGAUCUGAAGCCUCCUGCGGUUGACAGAUCUAGGAAGCGCGAGCAGUCAUCUGCCGACUCGUUGUCGAGUGCGGCUGACACUGACGAUCAAGGAUUCGUGGUGGAGAUCUGA